AUGGAGAAGAGGAAAUGGUUGUGGAAGAGGAAGUCUUCUGAGAGGAGUCCCGGUGAAACUGACAGUUCAGGAUCAAUAUCAUCUCUUUCUGAGAGAUUCUCCGAUGAUCAGGAUCCCUCAAAGGCAUCUCCAACUGAUAGUGCUCAAUCCCCUGAAGUCACAUCAAAAACUGUAACUAGGGAUGGAGAUGUCAAUGAUAGCAUUAAGAGUUUGACGGAGAAGUUAUCAGCUGCUCUUGUGAAUGUUAGUGCCAAAGAUGACUUGGUAAAGCAGCAUGCGAAAGUUGCUGAAGAAGCUGUUGCAGGCUGGGAAAAGGCUGAAAAUGAAGUAACGGCUCUCAAGAAACAACUUGAAGUUGCAAUUCAGCAGAAAUCUGCAUUGGAAGAUCGGGUAGGCCACCUUGAUGGGGCCCUCAAGGAAUGUGUUAGGCAGCUGAGACAAGCAAGAGAAGAGCAGGAAGAAAAAAUCCAUGAAGCUGUGGUACAGAAAAGUCUUGAGUGGGAAUCCAUUAAAUCUGAACUUGAGAACCAGUUUAUUGAGCUCAAGACAAAAGAAGCUGCUGCUAAGUCUGAAUCUCCUGCUCCAAUUGUUGAUGAACUCUGCCAGAAGCUUGAAUAUUUGGAGCAAGAGAGUGCUACCCUGAAACUUGAGAUCCUUUCCCAGUCAGAGGAGUUAGAAAUCAGAACAAUUGAAAGGGACUUGAGUACCCAGGCAGCUGAAGCAGCCAGCAAACAACAUUUGGAGAGCAUAAAAAACGUGGCCAAGCUUGAAGCUGAGUGCCGGAGGCUAAAAGCCAUGGCUUGUAAAUCAUCCUCUGUUAAUGAUCACAAGACUUCUGCUGCAUCCUCAAUUUAUGUUGAGUCUCUCACUGACAGUCAAUCAGACAGUGGGGAGAAGCUUAAUGCUAUGGAGCUGGAUAAUCGCAAAGUUAGUAGCUCAGAGCCAUACAAGUCUGAACAAAGUUGCUCAGACUCGUGGGCAUCUGCACUAAUUUCAGAGCUUGAUCAAUUCAAGAAUGAAAAAUCUAUUAAUCGAAAUAACCCAGCCUUGUCUGUCAAAAUUGAUCUCAUGGAUGAUUUUCUUGAAAUGGAACGGCUUGCUGCUUUGGCUGAGAAUGAAACUGGAACUGAUAAUUCUAAAGCAGAAGCUGUUGCCAAACAAUCAAUUGAUGGUGACAGCUCGUUGAGAGCUGAGCUUGAAGUCAUGAUAAAACGAACUGCUGGAUUGGAAGAGAAGUUACAGGAGAUGGAAGGAGAAAACUUUGUUUUAGAAGAUAAGUUACAGAAGAUGGAAGGGGAAAAGUUUGUAUUGGAAGAGAAGUUAGAGAAGAUUAAAGCAGAGAGGGAGGAGUUAGAGCUGGCUCUAACCGAAAGUCAGGACAAGAAUGAAGCAUCACAACUUCAGCUGAGGGAGGCCCAACAGAAGUUGGUGGAGUUGCAAAAGGAGCUAUCAAUGGCAAAUGAAUCAAAGCAGCAAAUUGAAUCUCAACUUGUUAGCAUGGAAGCAGAGGCUCGGACCAUGUCUGCAAAAGUUAACUCAUUAGAAGUAGAGAUUGAAAAGGAGAGGGUUCUGUCAGCAGAAAUUGCAGUCAAGUAUCAGGAACUUGAGGAAGAGCUCUCAAGCAAGAAACAGGAAGAAGAGCUCCAGCAAACUGUAAGCUCAAGUGAUGAACCAAAGAUAAAGCAGGAGGACCUAGAUGUAGCUGCUAAGAAACUUUCUGAAUGCCAGAAAACAAUAGCUUCUCUUGGGAAGCAGCUGAAAUCUCUGGCUACUCUGGAGGACUUCUUGAUUGACACUGCAAGCAUACCGGAGUUCUCUGCUGGAGGAUCGGCAAUUCUUAAAGGCAAUGGAGAACCAUGGAAGUUACACUCCAAUAUAACAUUUUCGCCUCCUAAAAGAGAUUCCAGUUCUCCAAGAAAUGGCAGCGAGAGUUCUGGUCCUUCAGCAAAUAAAAACGAAGGAAACUCACCCCCAUCUGCAUCUUCUCCAGCUUCAUCUGCUUUGCCGUUGAAUCACGUCAUUUCUGAGAAGAAUCGAAAUGGUUUCGCAAAAUUUUUCUCCCGGAGUAAGAAUGGAAUACAGCUAGAAAUUUAG